GGAACAGAACUGUUCUAUUGCGCCAGAGGGUAGAAAAAAAAUCAAAGUGAUUGGGUGGAGUCGACACGACCUACAUACUGUACAGUCAUAGACCCCAGUGGACUAACUACUCAUUAGUUUAGCAUUUUGCGCUUCCCCCUCUCUGGUUUGGACUAUUGAAGGAAUCCCUGAAAAAUAGAGUUCGGGAUGAAAACGACCAAAAACUAGUUUUACACAUCUAUAUCUAUUAUUUUGGAUACAUCAACGCCUUGCUACUUGUAACAACACAGCCGCAGCAUGGGGGCACCAGCGACAGCGUACGAUGAGAAGAAGGAAACAUGCGGGACCGUCUGUCUGAAGUAUCUCCUAUUCACAUUCAACUUCCUCUUCUGGCUGGCAGGGGGCGUGGUGAUGGCGGUGGGCAUCUGGACGCUGGUGGAGAAGAGCGACUACAUCAGCCUGCUCUCCUCCGCGACCUACGCCGCCUCCGCCUAUAUCCUAAUCCUUGCCGGGGCCAUCGUCAUGGUGACGGGAGUGCUGGGCUGCUGCGCCACCUUCAAGGAGCAGAGGAGGCUGCUGAGAGUGUACUUUGUCUUGCUGCUGUGUAUCUUCCUGCUGGAGAUCCUCGCCGGUGUCCUGGCUUACAUCUAUUACCAGCAGCUCAAUGAGGAGCUGAAACAGAACCUGCAGGAGACCAUGGUGCAGAAGUACAGGCAGCCGGAGCAGGAGCACAUCACCAAAGCAGUGGACAAGCUGCAGCACGAGUUUAAGUGCUGUGGCAGCAACAGCUCAUCGGACUGGGGCGAGAGCGUGUGGAUCCGCACCAGUGAGGCAGGUGGCAGGCUGGUGCCGGAUAGCUGCUGUAAGACCCAGACUCUGAACUGCGGCCGCAGGGACCACCCAUCAAACAUCUACAAGGUGGAGGGGGGUUGUAUCACUAAACUGGAGAACUUCAUUUUGGACCACCUGAAGAUCAUUGGAGCGGUGGGCGUGGGCAUCGCCUGUGUACAGAUUGUGGGGAUGGUGUUUACUUGCUGUCUAUAUCGGAGUUUGAAGGCAGAGCCGUACUGAGAGUAGAACACGAAGGAAAGGGGAGGGGUCUAGUCUCUGCCACCCAGUGUCAUCAUAUCCCAUUGACCCCGUUUAGUCAUGGGGUCUACCACUGUGCCAUUCAAACAGAAGAGGACGAUAUGUGUAAAGGUCUAGGAUGCACUUAUGAUAGUGUUUCUCAAUCCAUUCCCUGGGGGGACCAUUUUGGUUCUAGCCUAGCACUAACUACCCUGAUUCAACAGGGGUUGUAUUGGGCUAGAAUUCCUAGUGGGUCCCAACUUGGAAUGGAUAAUCAGAUCAUUUUCAAGAUAUUACAUGCUAUCUGAUCUACAAUGCUCUAUAUUUUGAUAAUCUGCAACAACAGAGCAGUUGGUAUAUACUAGUGUGAUGUAAAGAUCAGUGGACCAAAAUGGCCCGUGCAUGAGAACAGCUUGUCUUAACAUUGCAAUAAUCAUGACUGUGGCUUAAUGAGCGAGAUCUGACCUCUGGGGCCAAUUACCACGGCAACACAUUUUCUUUAUACAUCAAGUAGCUGUUUAUAUAUUUACACACGUCUUUUACACUGUUUCUCUCAACUUUUUAAUUGUUAGUUUAUUUAAAAAAUAUAUAUUUAUCUUUUAAUACAAGGGAUUUCUCCACUUAUGCCAAAGUUGUCGUCAACACUGACUUUGUGUGAAAUCGUAUCAAACUGACUACUCCUGCAAGCCUUUUUCAUGUAUACUGAACAAAAAUAUAAAUGCAAUCAUUUCAAAGAUUUUUCUGAGUUACAGUUCAUAAAAGGAAAUCAGUGAAUUUAAAUACAUUCAUCAGGCCCUAUUCUAUGGAUUUCACAUGACUGGGCAGGUGUGCAGCCAUGGGUGGCCCUGGGAAGGCAUAGGCCCACCAACUUGUGAGCCAGGCCCACGCACUGGGGAGCCAGACCCAGCCAAUCAGAAUGAGUUUUUCCCCACAAAAGGCUUUAUUAUAGACAUAAAUAUUCCUCAACACCCCUCCCCCUCGGACAAUCCCACAGGUGAAGAAGCCAGAUGCGGAGGUCCUCAGCUGUUGUGGUUACACGUGGUCUGUGGUUGUGAUGCCUGUAUGACGUACUGCCAAAUUCUCUAAAACAAUGUUGGAGGUGGCUUAUGGUAGAGAAAUUAACAUUAAAUUAUCUGGCAACAGCUCUUGUGGACAUUCCUGCAGUCAGCAUGCCAAUUGCACGCUCCCUCAAAACUUGAGACAACUGUGGCAUUGUGUUGUGUGACAAAACGGCACACUUUAGCUUUUUAUUGUCCCCAGCACAAGGUGCACCUGUGUAAUGAUCAUGCUGUUUAAUCAGCUUCUUGAUAUGCCACACCUGUCAGGUGGAAGGAUUAUCUUGGCAAAGGAGAAAUGCUCACAAACAGGGAUGUAAACAAAUUUGUGCACAACAUUUGAGAAAAAUAAACUUUUUGUGCAUAUGGAAAAUUUCUGGGAUUUUUUUUUUCAGUUCAUGAAACACGGGACCAACACUUUACAUGUUGCGUUUAUAUUUUUGUUUAGUAUAUAUUCUGAUUGUGUGCCUUUUUUCUAUAUAAAAAAAAAGGUUUUGCUUUUAUUCAAACGAUAAAUGUUAUUUUAUUGUGUAUUUAACAGACCAGUAGGAUGACUUGAUUAUAUGUAAAACGUGCCGCAAAAAAACUACUCAAACUGCUGUAUUGCUGUAUCAGUGUUCUACUAUACAUGGAGGUAUUUAGCUGAAAUAAACACAAUUAAACCUG